AUCAUUAUUUCAGCCACCAAAUUUGCAACUUUCCAUGCCUUAAACUUUCUACGCAGUUUGUCUCACAAUUUUUAGCUUUUUAAGAACAAUUUAAUUCUCAUUUUCCUUUGACUUUCAUUGCUGAGGAUUCAUUACUGCAGAGUUUGUUGAUUGAAAAUCCGAACCGAGUUUCAAAAGUGAAUUUUUGACAACCACCACUCCUACUAUCAAUAUAAGUCAUCCCAUACCAUCCAUAAAAUGACGACCAUUUCAUCAUCCAAUGACGGUAUAUCUGCCAUGAGUGUUUGGGAUUUAUUGAAAAAUCCGGGCACAUGUGCAAAGACAUGUUGCAAUGCAAUUCCUGCAGUGCACAAAGCGUGCUAUGGCGUGACAGAAUCUCCAAAGGGGACAACAUCAAGCACGCUGGGAAAGGGAGGACUUAUUCUGUGGACUUGCGACCGAUGUAACUCGUCUGACGACCCCAAUUUGGUGCAGUGUGGCCUAUGUCCGGUUCAAGGUGGAUUUUUCAAGCAUGUCUGCUUGAAAAAUGGCCGGUGGCGUCGACCGCUCCGUCACUUAGGAAGGUCACUGUUCACGGGAUAUCUGGUCAUAUUGUUUGCUUUGGUAAAUCCAACCACAUUUGCAAAGUUGAAAAAUUGCAGGCUUUAGAGCAGCUUUCGCGAAAACUUGAUUUUGCACCGUAUGUUCUAUGACAAAGUUAAAGUUAUACUAAAUUGUCUAUCAAUUAAGACUAUCCAAAAAUCGAGAUGGGACAGUACUAAAGGUUCCCUUGAAAACCAUUUUGUUCAACCGUCAGGGGAUGUAACAGGCACAAAUAUUAAGUACUAAUUUCAAACUUGUCUCAAGAACAACUCAAUUUUACUUGGUGCCGAAAACAUGAAUGCUGUGAAAAUUAUUUGCGCGAUAAAAAUAGAUUUGCAGAAUUAUAAGCUGCUGAUUAAACAAGAAUUAAAUAUUAAAUAUCAGACACAAAUACAUACCAAUGAGAAACCUUGCCAUUAAUUUUGCUAUUUUUACAUAUGUAUUGUUUAUUGAAUGUAAAAUAAUAUUAUUCAUGAAAUCUGCCAAACUAAAUAUAUAAAGCCUGACACACCA